AUGAACGAUAUUGACAAAUCGUGGGAUAUAAAGAUCGAAAACGAUAAAAAGUUACCCGUGAUGACUGUCAGUGUAUGUGUGACCAAGGAUGUGGCUCCAAAGGGUCCCACGGAAGAAGAAAUCGAGGCUUCGCUGAAUGCUGCCGAAGAGAAACGACGCGAACGCUUUGAAAAUAUGGAGGAAGAAAGAGAAUCCAUGAGACAAGUCAUUCGAGAUAAGUACGGAAUAAAAAAGAAAGAAAUGCUUGAUGUCAAUGAACCGGAAACUUAUCGUCGCCCAUCGACUCCUCGACAUUCCGUCCUGAUGGUGAAUCCACCAAAACGAACCACAAUCCCUGAGGAGGAUCAGGGUACAACAAGUGAGGAUCCCUAUGAACACGUCGGUAUUAGCAAAACAUGA